UGUUUGAUUCUAUGUUUACAGUUCAAAAAUGUACUACGUUGGUGGAUAUUUCGUUUGUGAAUAAUUUUUACGAAGAGCGUCCGGCCGAUCGCUUCGUAACCCGUGAGGAGAUUGUGAUCUUUUUGUUGAAGUUGUUCCUGUAUGUCUUUCUUAACAUCAGCCGCGGAACGCUGCGAUUUCGAAAGACAUGACCAACGUUUUCAAUACCACCUCCCGGAAUUUGAUGCCGGGAACUUCCUCGCUUCAAAGAGGAGGUCUGAGUGGUUCAGGGAGCGGGCACAUCACUCCAACGUCAGUUGGUUUUCCAACCUUAUCCAAUUCCCUGUCGGGAUCAACGCAACCGUCAAAUUCUGGGCAGGUUUCUCCGAAUCGCACUCGGGACAUGUUCGCCUCUCGGCAGCGAAGUGGUACCUCAGAACUUUCACGGCUCAAUCUGGCGGGGAGUUUCGGCGCCCUGGGAAGCCAAAGAGGUUCAAUAGGCUCUUCACAUCCGGGCCAGUUGGGAAGUCACGGUCACCAUCAUCAUCAUAAUGCGUUUUCGUCUGAUCCGAUGGGUCCAGCACCCCCAACAUUAGAUCAGUCAGAAUUUCCAUCCCUGAAUUACCGAGCACUGAGUGGGGGAUCAAGUGGAAGUAUAGGAUCUGCCUUCGGUAGUUUGUCAACGAGUUCGUCUUCAAAUCUUCACGGAGACUCAAGUCAAGGGCAAUCUGUCGGCAUCCUUUCGGGUCGGUCUCCGUAUGCGAUGACGAAUUUCCGAAUGAACGUGGGGAUGGGGAAACAAGCCAACUCGGAGCCAGCGGAAUUCACAAUGACGUCGGAAGAUUUUCCUGCUUUGCCCGGUGCUCCUGGGGGAAGUGAAACGAUUGUUGGAGGUUCCUCGGGAACUUCGGAUUCUUCCAAACCGGUCUCAGUCGCGUCUAAUCAAGACAACUCAGUAUCUGGUUAUCAGAGCAUGUCCUCGGUAUCAAGUUUGACGCAGUCAUCGGCAUCGACAUCCGUCAUGGGGUUAGGGAUAAGCUUAACAAAUGGGCCUAGCAAAAAUCAGUCGGCAUCAAGAGCGCCGGGUAUUCAGUGGUUUCCAGAUGGACGAAUGACGAAUAUACCUGAUGGAAUGCUCACGGAUCAGUUCGGAAUCGCUGGCUUGUUAGCGUUCAUUAAAACGGCCGAAGCUGAUCAGAACCAUUUGAUGUUAACUCUCGGAUACGAGCUUACCAACAUGGGUCUCAACUUGAACGCUCAAGAGCCGCUAUAUCCCAGCUUUGGUGGGGCCGUGGUCGACAACCCGGUUCGGCCACAAGAUAUGGACUAUACCGUACCGAGCGAAUAUAGGACCAAUGCCCGCGUUCGGGAUACACUGGCGCCCAUUAAACUCAAUCGAUAUGGGGAGGAUCUGCUUUUUUACAUAUUUUAUAUGAAUCCCUUGGACAUGCUACAGUUGGCAGCUGCGUCGGAACUCUAUAAUCGGGAAUGGCGGUAUCAUAAAGAAGAAAAGGCCUGGAUAACAAGAGUCCCAGGUUCGGUGCCGCAUGAGAAGACUGCGACGUACGAGCGCAGUACUUACUUCUUCUUCGACGUGUCAACGUGGAGAAAAGUUGGUAGAGAAUUCGUGCUGGAGUACGACAAGUUGCAAGAUCGACCGCCGUUGCCGCUUCCGCACGCGCUGAACAACACCGCGGCGCCGGGCCAACAUGCGGGUCCGCCGCAAAUGCUCGCCCACCAACGCUUGCCGCACCCAUCCCAGCAAGUCCCUCCGCAAGCGUCGCAAGCCCAAGCUCCAAACCUCCCAGCUUGACACAAAGCGAAGAUUGUUGUGAGAAUGCGCGUGAUCGUUCGAAGAACCGGAAAAAACUGCGGCGUGACCGCCGAUGGAGUUCUAUCUACUGCCGGAUUGUAUCUUGGUUCAUGUCAAGGCGCCGACUGUUGGUGAUCUAAUUGGGUGACAUCCAUUUUUUUUUUCUCUUGGAUAGCUGUCGUACAUCGUGUCGUGUUACUCGGACGGGACCCCAUCCCGUCCAUUUUCUUCAUGAUUGUGAUUGCAAUGCUGGGGAAUGCAAUCCGCUUUUUCUCUGAAGUCCGGCUGACUCCUUUUUUUUAUUAUUCCGCUGAUUAUGUUCCAAUUCACGCUGGCUCUUGUUAGUUAUCCUGUUCGCUGGUUUCGUUGUUUGAUUGAUACGAUUGAGCUUUACUUCUCUGAAGAAAGUCUCAGUUUACAUGCA